AUGUCAACACAAUAUGAUGCGAUUGGUGCCAAUUAUGACCUUCUUUCCGAUCUUCCAAUUCAGCAGAUAAAUCAUGCAGCUAUGAUGGAACACCUCGGCCCCAUUGUUCAAUCCAAAAGAAUCCUUGAACUUGCGUGUGGAACAGGCUUCUAUACUUUCAAAAUGUUGAAUAUGGGCGCUUCCCAUGUGACUGCGGUUGAUAUCUCAUCCGUUAUGGUCUCUGCUGCUCAAAGCAAGACUCCAUUUCAGAUGAAAGAUCAUGUCGCUUUCUGCACUGCGAAUUGUGCUCAAUCAUCUAUGUGGAAUGAGGUCCAGCUUCGUGGCAAAGAAGGAACUUAUGAUGUCGUUGUCGCAGCUUGGUUGUUGAAUUAUGCAGAAACACAAGAGGAGAUGCGAAAAAUGUUUGAAAAUAUAUGUUUGGCCCUGAAGCCUGGAGGAAUCAUGAUCGCAAUGACUGUUAACGCGCCAAUUACCGACAGUUUUCAACCAAGUGACCCACUCAACCAAAGAGAGGUAUCUCUUGGCUCAGUCUAUGAUGUUAUUGGGAUCGUCGAGGGCGGAUACAAGAUGCUUCUCUCUAGUGUGGGAACGGGUGGGAACGACGUUAAGUUCGAAUUUUAUUUCUUGCGAGAGGAAGUUUAUCGUCAGGCAGCUGCUAAAGCAGGCAUGGGUCAGCUCGAAUGGAAUGUGGUUUUCCCAGGCGAAAAGCACCUUCAAAUGCAGGACCCGGAUUUUUGGCAGCCAUAUUUUGAUCGUCCUAGAAGUGCUAUUUGCGUUUCGAGAAAGCUAGAGUAA